UAAAAUAGAGUCUGUCUAUCUAUAUUGACUGAUUGUUAAUCGUGGUAUUUUAAAAUUCACAUUUUUGAUAUGUAAACAAGAAUAAUUUAGAUUGUAGAUAUAAUGUAUAGUGUAGUGUCAUAAGUUCUAAUUAGAGGUUUCACUUUUCAACCAAAUUAAAAAAAAAAUAAACAAACAUAUCAAGAUGAUAAUCACCAAAUUAUAUUUAUUUUUACAUAGGCAAUGAAAAUACUUCUGAAAGCCGUUAUGAAUACAUUUUUCGUGUAGUAAUAUUUAGUUUUUCUGUUUUCUUUAAGUAAUUUACUGCAUUAUGUGGGAUUCGUCUACAUUUCUAGGAGCUUUAACGCCAAAAUUUUAUGUGGCUUUGACUGGCACAUCAUCUCUUAUUUCCGGCCUCAUUCUGAUAUUUGAAUGGUGGUAUUUUAGGAAAUAUGGCACUUCUUUCAUAGAGCAGAUGUCGCUUUCGACCGUGUGGGUCGGCUGGGGCUCGUGGGGCACGACAAGGGCUCCGGAGGGCGGCGAGUGCAAGGUGUGGCGUAACCCCACGGCCCUCCUGCGCGGCGCCGAGUACGCGCGCCUCUGGGCCGCCGCGCGGACCGCGCCCCUCACCUACUACGACAUGAACCUGUCGGCGCAGGACCACCAGGCCUGGCUCGCCGCCGCGCCCGCCUGGGGUGGAGCCGACGAAGCUCUGGCGCGGGCUUGGCGCGAACGGGAGCCAGCGGCGCGCGUCGCGGCCGCUCGCGCCGCCUUGCGUCUGCGGCCCGACUGCGCCGCCGCGCUACUGUUGCUCGCCGAGGAGGACGCACCGACCGUGCUGGAGGCGGAGCGCGUGUUGCGGCGGGCGUGGCGCGCCGGCGAGGCGUCCCUGAGGGCCCUGGCGGCGGCCGGGGCCGGCGGAGCCGCGAGGCGAGAGGCGGCGCUGCUGGCGCACGUGAAGCGACGCGUCGCCAUGUGUGCGCGACGCCUCGGCCGCCUGAAGGACGCCGCACGCCUCUUCCGCGAGCUUUCGCGCGAAGCGGGCGGCGCGCCUCACGCGCUGCAGGUGCGCGACAAUCUACUCGAGGUGUUGCUCGAGCAACGCUUGUACGCCGACGCGCAGGCAGUCUUGGCGCGCUGCGAGGACGCAGCGGCGCCGCCGACGGCUACAGCGCUGUACACUGCGGCGCUGCUGCGCGCGCGGACCGGCCCCGAGCCGCCGGCGACGGAGGCGCUGCGCCUCGCCGUCGAGUUCAACCCGUACGUCCCCGCGUACCUGCUCGAGCUGCGCGCGCUGACGCUUCCGCCCGAGCACGUGGUGCGCCGCGGCGACAGCGAGGCGCUGGCGUACGCCUUCUGGCACCUGCGGCACUGGCGGCGCGCCGACCCCGCCUUACGCCUGCUGGCGGCGACGGCGGGGCCCCGGGCUCCGCCGCCUUUGAGCCCGGCGGCCCGGGCGGCCGACCGCGAACUGCUGCCGCCGCACCACGGCUCGGCCGCUGGAGCCCGCGGAGCUCCGGCUCUGGUGCCCCUGGGGGCGGUGCUCUGCGUGCUCACUACUCUGACGCUGACGGCCCAGCGUUGGCCCACGCUAACGUUCGACCCGCGGGAACUUCUCCCCUAGUAGAAAUCGAUCUCCUAUACGCUUUAGACAUUGUAAAUACUUACGUAACUAUUUAUUUGUACUGUGAUAGUCCUAAGAAAUAAAUAAGUUUUA